GAAGAUAAAAUGACCAAAAUAAGACCAUUAUUAUUUUAUGUACAUCAAUGAAUUUUUAUCACCCGGUAAAGUGUGUGUUUGAUUUUGUAUUUGAUUUUCAUUGUUUAAACAUUUUUCAACUGACAUCGAUUUACUGAACAUAUUUUACCGCUAGGGGGUGCCAUUACCGCACUCUUCACCCUAACUACCAACCAUCAAGUUGCUCACACACUCACAACUCCCCCUAGUGUCAAUCAGUGACUGAACAUGACGGGUCAGACUGUGGGAAGCCUCCUCCGGGACCUGUCACUUCCCUCAUUGCCGACUGUGGAGGGACUGGCUUCCAGGCCUCUGGGAAGGGCUGUGUCCUUAACUGAUGGGACAGCGUCCAUCCCGACUUCCACAAGCCAGCUGGCCCAAACCUUACUGAGUCAUACCUUUAACCUCAAACACAAGGAGCUCCUUUCCAACACUGAAGCGAAGGCCGGGAGCAGCUGCGAUGAAGACAACGGCAACAACGCGCGUCGCAAACGAGAGUUGAUCCCUGCGGAGAAGAAAGACGAUGGGUAUUGGGACAAGAGGAAAAAAAACAAUGAGUCAGCCAAGCGGUCCAGGGAGAAGAGGCGAGCCAAUGACACGGUGCUGGAGAGGCGAGUCAUGGGCCUGCUGGAGGAGAACGGCCGCCUGAGAGCCGAGCUGCUGGCGCUGAAGUUUCGCUUCGGUCUGGUCAAAGACUCCUCUGAUGUUUCCACACUGUCUGAAGCCCUCUGUGCUCAACCAGCACCAAGACUGACCCAUUUCUACCAACCUCAUGCUGACGGGUUCCCAUACCCUAACAACCCGCCCAGUACCCACCUCGUCCACCCUCACCCUCCACAGCAGGGGGCUAUUUAUGGACCGAGGGGAGCUGGACUUCUUUCAGCUAACAGUGUAUCCGAAGAGUCCGGUGUGUCCACCUUGUGGGGCUCAGAAGGGGGCAGCCCUGUGUUUUUCGAUGACGCCACAUGUGAGCGUAGUGGACCUCCUCUGAGGGAGCCGAGGGAGGAUCAACAAGGCUUCGACUCCCACAGCUGUCCCAUGGAGGUCCACAGGAGUCCGUAUGUAAGCAGACUGGACUCACCGGAGGGUUUGAGGAGCCUGCCGCUUAAGCUCCGCUUCAAAGGGCCUGCUGGUUGCAGCGACGGAGGGGAGAUGUCUCCAUCCUCUGACACCAGACACGGUGGACCCCCUGUAGCCACGGUGUGGCCUAACAUCCAGGUGAGGAACAACCAGCAGUCGGCAUGGGACAAUCUGACUGAAGGUCACAAUUCUGGGUACAGGGAGGAGGCCUGUGGUGGACCGGGGCAGCAGUGUCCCGGUCCGUCGUCUGCACCGUAUAACGCCUCCUCUCUGCAGAACUCCAGGGACUCAUCCGGGGAUUCAACAGAAGAUGUCAGUCUCAGGUCUCAGGUCAGCUGUUUGUCGCAGGAAGUGGCCCAGCUCAAGAGGCUCUUCUCUCAACAGCUGCUCUCCAAAUCGGUUAAAGCCUGAGAAACUUUAUUCGCUACGCCUUCAGAAGCCGACGAUACAGACUUAAUGUGGCCUUCAUGUUGUCUGGCAAACCAUCAUUCCUACACCUGUUUCACUGGGAUAAUUUGGGAGCCUGUUGUUUUUUAAAUGAGAUUAUGUUAAUGAAUGCAAAGGUUUAAGGGGUUUCUGUGUUCACCACAUGGUCAUGUUGAUUGUUCUGUGAUUCAAAGACCGCAGUACAUUUCUGAAUACUUGACUGAAUGCCCAGAAACUGAACGUGCAGAAACAACACACAGCACACGGUUACAAUUUGUCACACGAUGUGUAUCAAUAGUGCGUGAUGUACCGUAAAAGAAGCAAAAUUACUUUUGAAACAUUUUUUUUUUUUGUGAUCUUUAAAUUGAUUCAUGAAUUUGUGUCUGACUUAUCUUAUGACAUGACAUGUUUGUUUUAUUGUUAUGCAUAAUUCUAAUAUAAAACAUGAACUGUACUUAAAAUAGUAUUUUAAGCAAACAAUGACAGAUUUGGUUUUGUCAAGGCAGAGCAGUAAUCUCUGUCCAGAUUGUGACUAUAAAAUCUAUGUACCAAACACUAAAAUAAAAUCCU